AUGGCUCGACGCAAAAGUAAAUCAGUCCCGUCGGAAGAGCCAACUCCAGAGAAUACAAGACGACGAGGCAGAAGUGGAUUGAAACCAGAUAUGGCUCCAAAUCUCCAAAAUCCACCAAAGCGAAAAGCUACAGAAGAGCCGCCUAGUACUCCUGUCGCUUCCAAGAAGAUUAAGCUCAAUCAAGACGAAUUGGGCGAAAUAUUAGAUAACAUGAGCAUUCCUAGCAAGAUCAUACCUUUCCCCGAAAAACCCGCAGUAAUCGAAGAAAGACAAGGUGAAAUCGAAUUUCGAGUUGUUAAUAACGAUGACGCGCCUGAAAGUACCACUAUUCUAUCUGGAUUGAAAUGCAUAUUCCAAAAGCAAUUGCCUAAGAUGCCAAAGGACUACAUUGCCCGUCUGGUCUAUGAUCGAAACCAUUUAUCCAUAGCGUUAGUAAAGGUCUCACCGCUGGAAGUAAUAGGAGGAAUCACAUAUCGACCAUUCGAUGAUCGCAAGUUCGCGGAAAUUGUCUUUUGUGCCAUAUCAUCCGACCAGCAAGUCAAAGGAUACGGUGCACAUCUAAUGUGCCAUCUCAAGGACUACGUUAAAGCUUCCUCCAAUGUCAUGCACUUCCUCACCUACGCCGACAAUUAUGCCAUCGGAUAUUUUAAGAAACAAGGAUUUACCAAAGAAAUCACGUUGGAUAAAAGCCUUUGGAUGGGCUAUAUCAAGGAUUAUGAAGGUGGAACAAUCAUGCAAUGUACGAUGCUUCCAAGGGUCCGUUACCUCGAAGUUGGGCGCAUGCUUCUGAAGCAAAAGGAGGCCGUUUUAGCGAAAAUCCUCGCCUUCAGCAAAUCCGACGAAGUUCACGCACCACCCAAACAAUGGAAGAAUGGCGUCACCAAAAUAGACCCCAUGUCUAUUCCCGCUAUCCGCGCCUCAGGAUGGACACCCGCCAUGGACGAAUUAGCGCGCCAACCUCGUCACGGACCAAAUUUCUCACAACUUCAACGCCUCCUGAGUGCGCUUCAAACUCAUCACUUUGCCUGGCCAUUCCUCCAACCUGUCAAUAGAGAUGAUGUCGCGGAUUAUUACGAUGUCAUUUUGAACCCGAUGGAUUUUCAAACCAUGGAAACCAAGCUCGAACAAGAUUCAUAUGAGAAACCGGAAGAAUUUGUUGCAGACGCAAUGUUGAUUUUCAACAAUUGUAGAAAAUACAACAAUGAUACAACUCCAUAUGCAAAGUGCGCGACCAAGGUGGAGAAAACCAUGUGGAGUCUCAUCAAAGAGAUUCCAGAGUGGUCGUAUUUAUUGGAUGACAAGUAA